UAUGAUGCUGAUGAGAGGCUGUUUUUACCCACAAUGCACAGCGAAACAGCCACGUAAACAUAAAGGAUCAUCACUACCGUCUGUAGCGUGCUAGCUGCGUCUGCGCUCAUUACUGUUACUUAUAGGCAGAAUAUCAGAGAUGUCCACAUGAUGCUUGUACACUCAGUGGCCAGGUAUUAAAUACCCAACUAUUUCACUUUGUCAGAGGCCUUUGGUGAGAUUUCCAGAGCUGUAAGAUGUCAGUGGUCCUGUUUGCCUCUGUGGUUCGGGUUGGGGACGGCUUGCCUCUGUCUGCAUCCACUGAUUAUGAACAGGACAAAGAUCUUCAGGAGACCAAGAGGCACCUUAAAGGUCUCUCCAAGAAGCUCGGCCAGUUCCCUGACCGCUGUACACUUAAGACUGGGCUCUACAAUGUCAAUUUCACAAGCUCACUGGGUGUUGGAUACCUGAUGGUGUGCUCCGCAAACUACCCCAGUGUGCUGGCCUUCUGCUUCCUGGAUGAGCUACAGAAGGAAUUUAUUGUCACCUAUGACACUAAACGAAUCAACAGCGCCGUGCGGCCUUACUCAUUCAUUGAAUUUGAUACGUUCAUCCAGAAGACCAAACAGCGUUACAACAGUCCUCGUUCCCUGUCCACCAAGAUCAACCUGGCUGACAUGCAGACAGAGAUCAAGCUGCGACCACCCUAUCAGCUGUCCCAUCAGGACCUACAGGCUGUCAAUGGAUUUUCUGUGCAUACACCCUUGAAGUACAAGGGCAUAGCUCCCACACAGAUGUUGGAGCCAGUGACUCUCCCAGGCAUCGUGUCCUGUGUGCUCAGUGUCCUCUGUGGAGGACUUAACCUGCUCCGAGGAGUCCACGCUAUUGAGAGUAUAAUACAGAGUGACGAAGACUUUAAUUAUGUGAUCGCCUUCUUCCUUGGGACAGCAGCCUGUCUGUAUCAGUGCUACCUGUUUGCUUACUUCUCUGUCUGGAGGAACAGUAAGUCCUUCUUGGCGUUUGCACUUAUCUGUUUGUCCAACAUGUAUUUGUAUGAACUGAGGAACAUGUGGCAGAUCCUCUUCCAUGUGGCGGUGGGGGCCUUCAUGACCCUGCAGAUCAGACUGAGGCAACCUCUGGGCAAAGCACCAGACUAUAAUGUCUGACAAAUACUUGAAACAAGACGGACAAACAAAUCUUCCAUCAGAUGUCUCAUGUAUGCCCUGGCAAUGUACCAGAGGCAGCAUUGACCAGUCUGAGGAUAAAGUGUGGGAAAAAUCCCAGUUCAGGAUGAAAAACCAAAAAAAAUCACGGGGCACCACAGGAGUUGCGUUCACUCGCUCCCAGCACCAGAGGACAGAUCCCAGUGUGGACUUGGAGGAAACUUUGGAACCACCUGAAUUCUUCAUGGAUCUUACUGGACUGAACUGGGGUGUUGUCUACUCUCACCAUUGGCUGAUAAAGUUAUUUUUAUCCACUUUCAUUGAAUUUUAUUGCAGCCCAGUUUUGCAGUUCUGUAGUUUCCCUGCAUCUGCAGAAUUAAAGGUUUAGAAUUAACCUGUCAUAUAUAAUCUGCAACCAGAUGUUUUCAACUCUCAAGUUGUUCUUAGGACUAGCAACAAAAAGAUUGGACUUUUUAAAAUAUCUUUCUUUUAGGAAUGUACAUUUUUUAUUUAAGAAUUGAAGCAAAACAUAAUUAGGCAGCCAAACACACCUAAAAUGAGCAAAAUUCUGAUUUAAAUCAGGAAAUGUCAAAGCACAAGUAACCAAGUCUAAAGAUGUGAUGUCACAGAGCAUCAGGUCAAAUGAUCCUUCUAACUCCUCCUAACUUGUGCAGGUGUUUUGAAGGACGUCAGAUGCAGUGUGUUGCCUGACAGAAUGUGGUGAGACAUUUCAUGACAGCACUCAGUAUUUAACAGUUUCUGAAUCUCGAGCUAUGGACACAUUUCUGAUAUUUACCAUAAUUGUUUCAUUGAACUCGGCUAAAAACCCAAAAGGUCUUAAAUGACUUAUUUAAAUGAAAUAUUUGGCCUCAUAAAAUUGAUGAACAUAAAAAGACUACAGGACUGUUCAGCUGUUGUGUUUUUCCAUCUCUUCUGUUUUAUUCUUGUUCGGUUUCCACCCGUUGCAUGCACUUUAUGCACCAGUACCCACGGGUACCCGACCCAGUGCAGGACUCUCAUUAGGUCUUGGUUUAAAAAUAUGCAGUGUUACCUUGUGUGUGGCCCUCUUAACAGUUUGUGUAUUUUGUAUUCAGGAGCCAUUGAUGACAUCUGUGCAGAUAUUUGUCAUUUUGUAGACAGUUUAAUUUAGCUCUUUAUUAACUGUUUGUUCAGUGACGUUAAUAAUGAAGCUUUUAUACAGAUUUCAGUCGUUUAAUUUGUUCUUUUAUGAUUGCUUAAUUCUUCUGCACAAGCUGAUAUGUAGCUGUCACAGAGUAACUUCUGCUCCAGUAGACACAAACGGUCUGUUAGCAUUCAUACCCUACUUCCUCGCCCACACAGGCUCAAGCAUGUGCCAGUGUCAAGAGACUAUGUUAAUAAACAGGUCUGUGUUGGCAGCAGUAAAGAUGCUGCCUGUGCUGUGGAGGCCAGAGGCAGCCCAUAUCAUUUCAGUGGCCUCCGGCCUGCUUUUCCUCCCACUGAGCCCCUUCAGAUAUGGUUGUAUCUAUGUUUGCCUGUGUAAUGGAUAUUAGCACAGUGUUCACAUUUAACAUAAUUACAAUCAGAAGAUGCUGCAUUCAUCAUUGUUAGACAGUGUGACAUUUGUUCAGGGAAUUAUGGGAAUAUUUAUUGGCUUCCUGCACCAUCCCAACAAAUAAUAAACACAUGGAGAAGAGUAGAGAAUUGAGUCAUGCCUUUAUUGUU